GCCCUCAACUUUGAAUUUAAAUACAUAAUAACAAUAUUUUAUUCAGCUUAAAAAAAAAAAAAGAUACCUGUUGAGCUCCCGCCACCAGCCAGUGAUGCAAGGGGGAGGCUCUCCACCCUGAGGAGGACACAGAGGAAGCCCUGGGGGGCUCCCAGGCUUGCCCACGCAGUACCUGUCUGAGGGGUGGCAGUGGUGAUCUGCACUCGGCUAUGAGGGCUCUGGCUGCCUCGGGAGCUGAUGUGGAAGAAAUCUGGGGAAGGAGCCAUUUCCUAGAGCCCAGGUCCAGCCCAGCACGGGGUUGGGGGUCAGGCAGGGCUGCCCUGUAUUCUGCUCUCGAGGUGGCCAGUGAGUGACGGUAGUGCCAGACAACGGCAGCAGCCCGCUCCGUGAACUCUCAUCGUGGGCCAGGUGCCAUUCUCCCCACCUCCCAUGGACCAACUCCAUGAAUCCUCAUAGCAACCUUGGGAGGUGGGUGCUGUUAUUAUUCUCAUGUUACAGAUUUGGAAACAGGACAGAGCUUCAGUGGAAGAAUAUGGCCAAGGCCAGGCUGCCCCAGUGAUGUUGGACAUCUGUUCCUGUUAUCUGCUGCAAUCCAUCCGAGUGACCUGCACGGGUUCCUGCAGGGUCUCAAACAAGGCCAAUGAUGCAGCGUGGGUGGCGGAGGAGGGCUACUUCAACAGCGCUCUGUCGCUGGCCGACAGGGGGAGCCUGCCUGCUGGAGAGCACAACUUCCCCUUCCAGUUCCUGCUUCCUGCCACAGCGCCCACGUCCUUUGAGGGCCCUUUUGGGAAGAUUGUGCACCAGGUGCGGGCCACCAUUGACACGCCACGUUUCUCUAAGGAUCACCAGUGUAGCCGCGUGUUCUACAUCUUGAGCCCCCUGAACCUGAACAGCAUCCCAGACAUCGAGCAACCCAAUGUGGCCUUCACCACCAAGAAGUUCUCCUACAAGCUGGUGAAGACGGGCAGCGUGGUCCUCACUGCCAGCACCGACCUCCGCGGCUACGUGGUGGGGCAGGUGCUGCGGCUGCAGGCCGACAUUGAGAACCAGUCGGGAAAGGACACUAGCCCUGUGGUGGCCAGUCUGCUGCAGAAAGUGUCCUAUAAGGCCAAGCGCUGGAUCUACGAUGUGCGGACCAUUGCAGAGGUGGAGGGUGCGGGCGUCAAGGCCUGGAGGCGGGCACAGUGGCGAGAGCAGAUCCUGGUGCCCGCCCUGCCGCAGUCGGCCCUGCCCGGCUGCAGCCUCAUCCACAUUGACUACUACUUGCAGGUCUCCCUGAAGGUGCCGGAAGCCACAGUGACCCUCCCGGUCUUCAUCGGCAAUAUCCCUGUGAACCAUGUUCCGCUGAGCCCCCAGCCAGGCCCAUGUCCUCCUCCUGGGGCCCUGUCCCCAGUGACGCCCUCAGCACCCCCCCAGGAGGAGGAUGAGGCUGUGGCCAGUGGCCCCCACCUCGAGGACCCCAUCUCCCUCUUCACCAAGAGCCACUCACAGCAGCAGCCACUGCCUGCCGCCUUCGGCUCUGUGCCUGGCGCCCCUGAACCACGUGCUCAGGAUGGCAGCCCUGCCUCCCACUCUUUGCCCCCUCCCUUGUGCAUCUCCACAGGUGCCACCGUCCCCUACUUUGCAGAGGGCUCCGGGGGGCCAGUGCCCACCACCAGUACCUUGAUCCUGCCGCCAGAGUACAGCUCCUGGGGCUACCCCUGUGAGGCCCCGCCGUCCUAUGAGCAGAGCUGUGGAGGUGCGGACCCCGGCCUGACCCCUGGGAGCUGACCCUUGGGAGCUCGCCCCAUGCCGCCUUCUCCGGGCAGGCUGACCUCUGCCCUGGGACUGGGAGCCCAGGGCCUCGUGCCUUUGCUCCCGGCCUGGCCCGGCCCACUCAGGACCCUCCGCUGCUGGCCGCUCCCUCCGCCUCCAGACCAGCCUCUGCGGCUCCCUGCACUAGGCCUUGCCUGGGCGAGGGGCUGGGGCCUGGAGAGACGCUCUGUAAAUAAAGCGCUUCAUUUGUA